UUCUGUCAUUUUAAUAAACCAUGUACCAAAGAGAAACAACGUAAGGCUUUUUGCACCAGGUUCUAUAAUGCGAAGGAGCGCGCUUCAACCGUGCGUGUCUUUUGUUACGUUCCCUUUUAUGGAAUUCUAUUCUAGUCAACAAAGUGCUUUUUGUGGAAUGAAUUAUGAAAAACAAAGUAGGAAGGCUUGCAUACUAAAAACUAUUGUCCUUAGUCGAGGCGAUGUAUGUUUGAUAGUCAGUAUGCAAAGUCUGUAGGAAAACUGAAUGGAAAAAAAUCUGUAAGAACGUAGAGGCGACCUAUGAUGUUUAGCAAUAAGCAUAUCUAGGGCCAGUUGACAGCAACAACACGAGUGUACUGCAGCAGCGCCAGAAUUUGCUUGGGUUGUAUGUGCAUCUAACUUGCUGUCAAAAGAAUCCGGGAGAUGGAAUUCCUUCACAAAAUUUCUUCUCUCAUUAAAAACGAUGAUAUUGCUGCCAUUGAAAAUUUUAUGAUUGAAAACCAGCCCUUGGUUUUUGAGACGGAGAAAAGAGUGGGGUUAUCUGACCUGGCUUCAUUGCCACGAGAUGAUUCAGCCAGCAUCUUCAUCCCACGAGGUCGAUUGGAUGUGGGGAUUGACAAGAGCAUUGUUCCUUUAAGCACCAUUGGUGAUGGAAACUGCCUGUACAAUGCAUGCUCGUUGGCUAUGUGUGGGCAUGAAAAUCUCAAUUUUCUUCUGAGGGCAUUGACAUCAGCUGAACUAUUUCUUCAUUCUCAUUUUUAUUCCACACUUUCUCAAGUCACUGAUCUUUUUAAUGAGCAAGAAUCUUCUCAAAUCUUUUCUUCCUUGUUUGCAAAAUGCAUAAGUUUUGAAGCACAAAACCACUUCAAUAAGGAAAUUAAGAACUUUGAACAGUGCAUAAAGUUAGAGGCUGAGCUUAAUUGCAGACCCUGUAGAUUUAGUUCAUUUGUCUGUAUGAUGGCAUUGUCUACUGUUGUAAAAACUCCAAUUAUGUCAUGCUUUCCGGAGACUGGAACCAAACAUACUGCUAGGCUGAUGAAUGUGUUACUAAAUCCCCAAGCUGACUGCACAGUAGGCAGGGAACCAAUUCAUCUUUUAUGGACCAAGUCUGGUGGGAAAAGAGAAUCUAUAAACCCAUGGUUUCAAGCUGAUCAUAUUGUUCCAUUGGUUAUUUUAAGCAGUCCACAUCCAGUGACCAUUUUAACAACAAAAUCUCCAAAAUGUUUGUCAACAAAAUCAGUCAAGAUUAGUGUUAUGAACACAUCCAAAUUGGUCGAAGAGACUCCAAAAAAGCAAACAACAAUUUCUUUUGCUCCAAAACAACAUUCUCCUGUGGUGAAAACAGAAAAACCUUUCAUUGAUCCUCCUUUGGAACCAUCAAAAUAUGACAUUGGCACAUUCUACCUUAAUGCAGACACUUUUUCGGAUGAGCAGAAAUAUGAUAUUUUGUCAAAUGUUUGGCAGCCUGAUGGCAAUUUCAAGUUUCCCAUUCGCAUAUUAUGCAAUAAGAACAGGAAGUUUCUCCCUACUUGGCUGCAAAAAUUUUCUUGGCUGACCUACUCUAGAUUCUUGGAUGGUGCUUUUUGUUUGCCAUGUGUACUUUUUGGUCGAAGAGUUGGAUCAAAUGCUGCAAAGCUAGACAAAUUAAUGAAAAGCCCCUUUGUUGACUGGUCUUGUGCCUCCCGUAGAUUCAAUGAUCAUGAAACAAAGUCUGAUGUUCACAAAACAUCAGUGUUAACAAUGCAUCAAUUUAUCCUUGUUAUGGAAAAUAAAGUGAAGUCUGUCAGUCAAAUACAUGACCAUGUACAAAAUAAAAAGGUUGAAGAAAACAGACUCAUUCUUGCAUCCAUAAUCAUGACAGUGCUUCUUUGUGGCAGAUACAACAUACCUUUUCGUGGACAUAGAGAUGAUUCUGAUUAUUAUGAAACAGUUUAUUGUGGAAUUUUUCAAGCUCUCUUGGAUUUUCGUGUGGAUAGUGGUGACAAGGUUCUUCAAGAGCAUUUUGCAACUGCCCCAAGAAAUGCUACAUACAGGUCCAAAACAACACAGAAUGAGCUGAUAAUUUGCUGUGCUGAAGUCAUAACCAAACAGAUAAUCAAUGAAAUAAAACAGUCAAAGUAUUUUUCAAUCCUAGCUGAUGAAGUUACUGAUUGUUCUAAUAAAGAGCAAAUGCCACUUGUUAUACGUUAUGUUGAUAAAUCUGGUUGCAUCAAGGAAAGGUUUCUUAAAUACAUACUUUGUGACACUGGAACUUCAGGACAAGCUUUAGCAGAAAAAAUUGUUGACUGUAUUACAAAUGACUUUGGCUUAGAUUUGCAAGACUGUAGAGGGCAGUGUUAUGAUGGUGCAGCAAACAUGUCAGGCAAAUAUUCUGGUGUGUCUACUAGAAUUUUAGAGCAGAAUGAAUUUGCGUUAUAUACACAUUGCUCUUCCCAUAGGUUAAAUUUAUGUGUAGCGAGCUCAUGUCAAAUACAAACAGUGAGGAACAUGAUGGAGAAUGUUAAGGUAAUUUCAAAGUUUUUUAACAAUUCUCCAAAAAAACAGAAUCUUUUAGAGAAGAUGAUAAAGAAGUUUCAUCCUGAUGUGAAAGAAACAAAACUGGUAGAUGUUUGUCGAACUCGUUGGAUAAUGCGCAUUGAUGGUCUUCAGCGUUUCAUUAAGAUUUUUAAAGCAAUAUCUGAAGCUUUGUUUGCAAUUUGUGACAAUACUGACAACACCUGGACGUCUUCUGCAGCAGAGGCUUAUGGGUUGGCAGCUAUUGUGACAAGCUUUGAAUUUAUACAAACACUUGUAACUGUCAGCAACUGUCUUGGCUACACUCUUUCAGCAACAAUACAGCUGCAAGGAGCUGACAUUGACCUUCUGAAAGGACUGAGAGAAGUUGAUGUUAUGAUGUCUUCACUGCAAGCUGCGAGGAAUCAAGUUGAUUUGUAUCACAGAGCCUGGUUCAACAAAGCUAGUGAAAUGGCAGAGGAGGUUGGUGCUGACAUAAGGGCUCCGAGAGUAUGCAGAAGUCAGCAACACCGUUCAAAUACACCCUCAAAUGAUGUUGAGAGUCAUUAUAAGCUGAAUGUAGCUAUCCCAUUUUUAGACCAUCUUAUUUCAGAAAUGUCAAGAAGAUUUUCUUCCGAAAAUUGCUCUGCAUUAAAAGGAUUUUCCAUCAUCCCAGCUUAUUUAAAAAAAGAAGGCCAAUCACCCAUGAAAGUUGGUGCCAAGCGAAAGCACGAUGCUUCAACUGACCACGAUUGCUACGGGAAGAAAUGCCACUUGACUGGAAAUGAAAGUGCAAAGCCAAAAGCCAAAAUUACCUUUCAGCGCCUUGACAAGAAUUGGAAAAAAGACUUUCUUCAAUUUUGUAUUUUCUUUGCAAGUGAUUUUCCAGAUCCUGAUAACCUCUCACAUGAAGUCGACAAUUGGGAAUCUGCUUGGAGUGGGUGCUGUGAAGAAAAUACUCCAAAAACCAUUGCAGAAACAUUGCAAAAAGUAAACAAGAUUGCUUUUCCUAACAUCUUCACAGCUUUGAAAAUUCUUGCAGUUUUACCAGUAACAAGUUGCACGUGUGAGCGUGCCGCCUCGUAUGUACGGUUUUUGAAAACAUAUUUGAGAAGCACAAUGUCACAAGAAAGGCUAAAUGGUUUGGCAACUUUAUAUACCCAUAGGGACAUUAAAGUCGACGUCGCAGAGGUGAUAGACCGAUACGCCAUGAAACAUCGAAGAAAAUUAGCCCUAACAAACAUCCUUCAAUCAGAAAAUUCAGUAAGCGAGCAGGACGAAAUUUACACAUCCGAGAUGUACUAGCCUUCAAUACAGAUCUUUCUUAUACGUAUAAUUAUUGUUCCUCGCUGUUUGCAGUCAAGUUAUUCUUCACCAGCCAUGAACAGUAUCCUGAUAUUUAUUAUACUUUUAAUUAUUGUUCCUCGCCGUUUGCAGUCAAGGUGUUCUUCGUCAGUCAUGAACAGUAUCCUGAUAUUUCUUAUACUUAUAAUUAUUGUUCCUCGCUGUUUGCAAUCAAGUUAUUCUUCACCAGCCAUGAACAGUAUCCUGGUAUUUCUUAUACUUAUAAUUAUUGUUCCUCGCUGUUUGCAAUCAAGUUAUUCUUCACCAGCCAUGAACAGUAUCCUGGUAUUUCUUAUACUUAUAAUUAUUUUUCCUCGCCGUUUGCAGUCAAGUUGUUCUUCACCAGCCAUGAACAGUAUCCUGGUAUUUCUUAUACUUAUAAUUAUUGUUUCUCGCUGUUUGCAGUCAAGUUAUUCUUCACCAGCCAUGAACAGUAUCCUGAUAUUUCUUAUACUUAUAAUUAUUGUUUCUCGCCGUUAGCAGUCAAGUUUUUCUUCACCAGCCAUGAACAGAAACCUGAUAAUUUGAUCAAUUUUUUGGCGGUACAGAACUUGAAAAUGGCUUUGAAAAAAGCAAACAUUUCACAACAUACUAUUUAAAGCCUUUUGGUCUGACACUCCUCAGAAUAUAAGACGUCAGAAUAUGUGUCCGAACGAACACGAUGGAAAAUAUAUACCCAGUUGUGGAUCAAAAUAUACUUAUAAUUAUUGUUUCUCGCCGUUAGCAGUCAAGUUUUUCUUCACCAGCCAUGAACAGAAACCUGAUAAUUUGAUCAAUUUUUUGGCGGUACAGAACUUGAAAAUGGCUUUGAAAAAAGCAAACAUUUCACAACAUACUAUUUAAAGCCUUUUGGUCUGACACUCCUCAGAAUAUAAGACGUCAGAAUAUGUGUCCGAACGAACACAAUGGAAAAUAUAUACCCAGUUGUGGAUCGAAAUAUACUUAUAAUUAUUGUUCCUCGCCGUUUGCAGUCAAGUUGUUCUUCGUCAGCCAUGAACAGUAUCCUGAUAUUUCUUAUACUUAUAAUUAUUGUUUCUCGCCGUUAGCAGUCAAGUUGUUCUUCACCAGCCAUGAACAGUAACCUGAUAUUUCUUAUACUUUUAUUUAUUGUUCCUCGCCGUUUGCAGUCAAGUUAGUCUUUAGAUUUUUUCAAGUCAUGGUUUGCUAUUAUCUCCUCUUCGCCCAAUGAGGUUGAUAUGCACUCUUUGAUCAUGAUUGGGACGGAAUUGGUGUUUCUGCUUUGUUUUUCUCGUCUUUGUCUCAUGUUGCUAGCUAUCUUCUGCUAUAUCAUAUGCCUCAGAGUGCCCUGCACCUUCGAAAGCAAAUUACUGCCUCCAUGGUGGAAUUUGCAACAGCGCAAUAUAUGUAAGGAUGAUUGGAAUUGUCUGGAGGAGAAGCUGAUGAAAGACGAUUUUCACAGAAAUUGUUGUAUUAUUCCAAGUUGCUCUUGUCUGGA